AUGCCCGAUCCAGCCAAGUCCGCCCCAGCGCCCAAGAAGGGCUCCAAGAAAGCCGUCACCAAGGUUCAGAAGAAGGACGGCAAGAAGCGGAGGAAGAGCAGGAAGGAGAGCUAUGCCAUCUACGUCUACAAGGUGCUGAAGCAGGUCCACCCCGACACCGGCAUCUCCUCCAAGGCCAUGGGCAUCAUGAACUCCUUCGUCAACGACAUCUUCGAGCGCAUCGCAGGGGAAGCCUCCCGCCUGGCUCACUACAACAAGCGCUCCACCAUCACCUCCCGGGAGAUCCAGACCGCCGUGCGCCUGCUGCUGCCCGGAGAGCUGGCCAAGCACGCCGUCUCCGAGGGCACCAAGGCCGUCACCAAGUACACCAGCGCCAAGUGA